UUUCCCAUCGAUGGGCAGCUGUAAAAUACCUCCCCUGCUAACAUUGAGGAUGCUCUUAUCUACCCCAACAUUUUGCCCUAACCCUAGACUGUUCCUCUGCCGUGCUAACUCCAUUUUGUGUCAUUAUCACCAUUUCAAUCACAAUCGCAGCAUCACUCUUCCUCUCUUCUUUUGUCUUUCCCGUUCGCACCGUUCUCGUCCUCUGGACAUGACUGUAUCAGAUUGCAUCUCCGGGUCAGCUAACCCGAUUCCUGUAGCGGGCCACCCAGAGUCGUAUGUUUCGGAUUCACAGACUUUGGUGGUGGUGUCCUUCUACAAGUUUGCUGAUUUCCCUGACCACGCCGACUUGUGGAAACCCUUGAAGGAGCUCUGCGAGGAACUGCGUGUUUCAGGCGGUAUCAUUCUUGCGCCUGAAGGAAUCAAUGGAAGCAUAUGUGGAACCCGGGAAUCUGUUGAAAGAGUUUUAGGAUUCAUCCAAAGUGAUAGUCGCUUAAUGGGGCUAAGGCAAGUGGAGUCACCUGUUAGUCCUGAGGAGGAAGCCAUUCAUCAUGGACACACCAGCAGUUCUCCCCUUGCAGCUGGAGAAGAUGCACCAUUCCGAUGGGAUCAUGUGAGAGUCAAGUUGAAGAAAGAGAUUGUUUCUCUUGGAUUGCCUUCCGUAUCUCCUAACGAAAGGGUUGGAGAGUAUGUGAAACCAAAGGAUUGGAAUGCAUUAAUAAGUGAUCCAGAUAUUGUUGUGAUAGAUGUGCGGAAUAAGUACGAAACUAGAAUUGGGAAAUUUAAGGGAGCAGUUGAUCCGUGUACAGCUGCAUUUCGGGAGUUCCCAUCGUGGGUGGAGGGUGAAUUCCAAGACACUGAGAGGGAAGAGGUGAAAGAUUCAAAUGAAAGUCCUGACAAGCAAGUUGGGAGCCCUAAAGUUGGGACACCAAAGCGGGUUGCAAUGUACUGCACGGGAGGAAUUCGAUGUGAGAAAGCAUCAAGUUUUCUUCUCAGCAAAGGUUUCAAAGAGGUCUAUCAUUUGGAAGGAGGAAUUCUGAAAUACCUCGAGGAAGUUCCAAAGGCAGAGAGCUUGUGGGAGGGUGAGUGUUUUGUGUUUGACAAGCGAGUCUCAGUUGAACACAAUCUAAUACAAGGAACAUUCAAGCUCUGCUACGGGUGCAAGCAACCAGUUAGUGAUGCUGACAAGGAAUCUCCGGAGUGGGAGUUUGGGGUUUCUUGCCCAUAUUGUUACUCGUUGAAAUCUGAGGAGGAGAAGGAGCGGGCACGAGCUCGACAACGGCAAUUUGAGAGUUGGGGAAUCAUUGGUGGCCCUGACAAGGGUCGCAGACCAACGCCUGAACCUGAUGAUAGCAAUGGCAAGAAUGUAAACCCUUUCAGCUUAGGUGGUUGAUUCAGAUGAGAUCUAAGAGGGGUUUGAUCUAUUGCAAUAUGGACUAUGGUUGUAGACGACUGCUGAUUCUGCAGUUUUGGAAAACUGGAUUUGUUAUGAGAACAAAGUUUUCAGAGUCAAGAGGUGUGUGUAUUACUGCCCAUCAUCGUCUUGCUUAGCAUGAUCUUUUGUAGUUACACAGAUGUCUGCUAGUAAAUGAACUGGUAUCGGUUGGUACUGAUUCAUGGAUCAAUUUUGUGGAUUUUUCUUUGAGGAAUGGACAUGAUGUACUUAUUCCCGUGCAAGUGCAUUAUCAAUAGAAAAUAACAACGGAACAAGACGGA